GUGGCUGUCUUUCAUCAUCAAGAUCAUCAUUACAAGUCUACGCACCUUUGCAACGUUCUGCGGCUUCCCUUCUAGCCCACCAUGUCGUUUGGAGUCCCUUCUGAUGAGGUAGCGGAGGACUACAAAAGAGCCCUUGAAGAUUUGACUAUGAAUUCGAGAUAUGAGAUCAGCAAUCUAACCGUUAUAGCAAAAGAAAACACCGAACAUGCUUUGGCCAUUUCAGAGGCAUUGAAGAACCAUAUAAAACAGACUUCUCCGCAAAAGAAAUUGCCCGCUUUCUACGUCCUCGAUUCCGUAGUCAAGAAUGUUGGAACACCUUAUACCCUCUUCUUUGGUCGGCAACUUUAUUCAACUUUCAUGGAGGCGUAUGCUUUGGUCUCUCAUGAUGUGCGAAGAAAAAUGGAUGAGAUGUUGAAAACUUGGAAAGAGCCUGUGCCUGGCUCUAUAGAUACACGUCCUGUGUUUCCUCCAGAAGUAACUCGUCCCAUCGAAAAUGCUCUCAUAAAAGCCAGAACCUCAGCUCUCCAACAAGAGCAAUUGAGAAGUCAACAGCAGUUAAUGAACCGAGGCCGAUCUGCCGUAGGUCAGGCUCCCUAUCGUAACACGCCAACUCCCCCAAACCAAUCUCGUCAACCUCUUUAUCCACCUCCCGGACAUUCUGGAUACCCUCAACAAUACCCUCCUCCAGCGAAUGGCCAGCAGUAUAACAACCAAGCCAAUGGUCAUCUGCAGCUUGGACUUCCUCAGCGACCUCCUCCAACUCAAUAUUCUCAACAGCCAGGCAGCUCGGCAUCCUGGCAGCAGUCACAGCCUCAGGUUUAUCAACCACCAGAGGCGAGCGUAGAUAUGUUGAACAGGGAUAUCUCCAACCUCAUUGUUUCUUCAAAGGCAGAAUUUGCCCAGAGUCCAUAUGAUAGUAGCAUACAAACAAGACUGAAAGCCUUGCUUGAUUUACAGACCAUUCUACAAACUCAAAGGCUUCCACCUGAUCAAAUAGCAAUGAUAAAAGAACAAGUUGCACAACUAUCUGGUCCCCCCCAGCCAGCCCCUAAAAUUCCAUCCCCUAGGCCAGCACCUGUGGUAGCUACGCCAACACCUCAACCUCAGCCGCAGCCAACCUUGAACUCUUUGCUAGGCCCUGGUGGAUUGGCUGCUCUUUUAGCACGCCAAUCUGCUACACCACAGAUUCCCACGCCCCCUCCCCCCCAAGCCGCUGUUGCAAUCCAAUCUCCUCAACCACAACUUGCACUACCUUUACAGCUACCCUUUCAGCAAGCUUCUUCGGCCCCUGUUUUGGCAUCUGUUUCAAAACCUGCAGCAGAUCCUAACUCAUUAUUGGAAAGACUUCGAGCUGCUGGUAUGCUACCUGGAAUACCAACAGUGUCAAGCACACUCACUCAACCGCCAAGUGCUUUAGGCAGUGCUAAUCCUCCUAGCUUCCCCCCAUCUCUGCCCUUCAUAAGUGCGCCCCCCGUGUCAAGGACGCCGCUUUUAGAGAUUCCCAAUGAUGUCGUUUUAAAGCCAGCCUCAUUAAAAAUGUUUCGCCCGCAUCUUAUCUCCAAUCUCUACGAAAAGCUUGGCGCGCCAUGUACACAAUGUGGACGACGCUUUCAAUCAGACACAGAAGGUCGAAAGAAGAAAGCGGCACAUAUGGAUUGGCACUUCCGUGUUCAUCAAAGAAUGGCUGAGGCUGAGAAGAGGGGCCAACAUCGAAGUUGGUAUGUUGAUGAAUUGGACUGGAUAAAAUGGCGCGAACCAGAAGAUGACCAGGUGAAUGAUGCAUCGGAUACUACCCAAGGUGCUGCUGGUUCAUCUUCGGCUACGAAUGCUAAGCCAAAGCUUCAAUAUCUAGCGGUACCCGACGAUCCUGCUCUUGCUGGAAGUGUUUGUCCUAUAUGCCAAGAAAAGUUUGAGAUGAAAUGGUUAGAUGAUGCACAAGAGUUUGUGUGGAUGGAUGCUAAGAAAGUGGGUGAUCGUAUUUAUCAUGCUAGUUGUUAUGCCGAAGCCACGAAAGACAGAGGCACGCCUGAGCCAACGGUUCUGGGCAAGCGAAAAGCAGAGGAUCAGGAGCCCCUCUUACGGACGAAAAUCAAAAUGGAGCCUUAGUCAAUGUAAUUUUUAUAUUUUUCUAUGAACCAGCCACAGGCGUACAAUAGGGGUUGUAGUGGAUUUUCUGCAUUACAAAAGAUUUAUUAGAUACAUUCAUCUGCAUAAAGAGUGUGCUAGGUGGGAGAUUGGCUUACGAAAAGGAAUAGCACACGAGCAAUGUGCUUCAGAUACCAAACAUUUGUUGUUCGCAGAUGGAAUCAAUAUAAAGAUGAAUUUCAAACGAGAUUACCAAACAACCAUGUUCAGAUGUAUUCACAUGACAUUGUGUAUGUUGCUUAUGAAUGCCUAGCA